AUGCAGUUAUACAGAGUGAUGGGGAAGUUCUGGACAAGAUCCAAAAGUUUUCUGAGAGUAUUCGAAGUUGGUGCCACAGGAAAAGCCCUCAAGGAUGUCAUUGUUGUUGGUAUCAGUGGCAGCUCCUUAGGUCCUCUUCAAACAGAUCCAGUGGCUAUCGAAACAGUAAGGGGAAGGCAACUGCAUUUGUAA